AUGCAGUACAUUGUGGCCCGCAAUUCGAGCAGCUGUUUGCUGAAUAACAAGGUGACGUGGAUAUGGCAGCAGCAGGUAACAACGUUGCUUUACAAUGUUAAAAUGACAUACCUCGCUGAAAUUGGAUCUAUUCGCUAUCGCGAUGCAUCGCAUUGUAGCCAGCAAUCAACGCGGCCUUUUGCUGUAUACCAAGGCCACGAUGAUAUGGCAGAAGCAGGCAAUAACGUUGCUUUACAAUGCAAAAUCAUGAUACCUCGCUCAAAUCAGCUCUAUUCGCCAUUCGCAAUGCACUAUCAUCGUGGCCAAAAAUCAACGCAGCCUUUGGCGUAUACCAAUGACACGACGAUAUGGUAA